AUGUUGCGUAUAAACUUCCGAAAUGAGUCAUUAAAAAGGCAGUCAUUGUUUUCGUCUUCUACUAUCGCUGGAAAGUUAAUCGGCGGUUUUAUGGUAGCAAUAUGGGAUGUGAGCGUUUAUUCGCACCUAAUUUCUUCAAUCAACAGAUUGAUUGUGCUGUGUUUUCCAAUUGCAAGUCGGAAUCUUUUGUCACAGCGAAACACCAUCAUAAUGAUUGCAAUAGUGUGGUUCCUUGGUUUCUUGCAUUUUAUACCGUACUUCAAAGUACAUGAUUGCUACAUCGUCUUCUCAUCAUACAAUUAUUUAUGGUCCUUUGCGCCUACGACGUGCGGAUUUCUGCUCGGCAAGGUGCUGGAUUUUGGUACUGGUGUCACCGUAUUCGGGUUGAUUUUAUUGUUUGAUAUCUUCACUAUAUAUCGCAUCAGAAAGCUACUUAAAGUGGCAAAGAGGAAAAUUCAUCCAUCAGAAGUAAAGUUCUUCUUGCAAUCGUGUCUGCAGUUCGGUGUAUUUGUAGUAAAGCUUACUUGCUUCUACUUUAUCUCCGGCUUUUUCACCGAUAUAAGGGCGGACCAUUGGGAAAUUUUCUUCACUACAUCAUUCGUUUGGGAAUUCACUCACUGUAUUGACGGGUUAAUUUUGAUACCUUUCCACUACAAGGACUACUUGAAUGCAAGGAGAGGCAACUAUAUGGGAAAGUCUAUCGCUUCGUCUAUGGCACAAAGAUCUCGGAUGGAACUGAGCAAGGCGACGAUCAGUCAUUCGCCUAUCGGAUAA